AUGCCCAAGAAGUCAACAAGAAUUAAAGCAGGUUUAAUAUCAAACAUAACAGCAAAACUUGCUGCAAACCUUCAUAUUGAUGAAAUAGCAAGAAGUGUUGAAGAUUGGGCUGAUGAUGCAAUAAAAAUUGAAGAUGUAAGUUGACGUGACACUGAAAUUGAAUUAUCACCUGAUCUUGUAUGUUUUUAUUCAAAUAUAUAAAUUAUUUGUUUACUUAAUAAAUAUUUUAAAGUUAUUUUAAUUAUUAAGGCGUAAUGAACAUUAACCAAAAUUAUGAUAUCUACUACUUGGAUUAAAAUUAGACAAAUUAGUUGGACGCCUUCAAAUUGCUUAUUGUUUAACAAACAAACGAAUAAUUUCAAGAUGAACAAUGAAUUGAAAUAUGUAAAGAAUAUAUUGUUAGUUGACAAAUGUCAUGACACAAACGAAGAUUAAGGGAAAGAUGAUGAAAAACGUUGAUAUAAAUUAGUUGCUUAUUUUACUCAUUUACAAUUGCAAUCAAUUAGAGAUGUCCAUCGCGGUUGAAAACUGACCGCUGCCCCGCUGCGACGAUAAAAGAAAAAAGUUAACGCGCCGCUACCGCACCGCGGUGAUAAAAACAGAAAACCUACCGCGCCGCUGCCGCGA